ACAAUGGCCAACCUUAAUGUAAUCUUCUUAAACAUUCUAUUCUUCACCUUCUUCCUUGCAGCAAAUGCAAUUCAAGGAUCUAAAACAACUCAAGUAAUAUUUCCUUGGCAACAAAGGGUCUCUUUCUCGCCUCCAUGGGAGUUGCAGGGUAGCAAUGAAGGGAAGAUGAAAAGAAAUUCAAGGAGAUUGAUGAUUGGAUCCACAGCACCUACCUGCACUUACAAUGAAUGCAGAGGAUGCAAAUACAAAUGUCGAGCCGAGCAAGUUCCGAUCGAAGGAAACGACCCGAUCAAUAGCGCAUACCGCUACAAAUGUGUUUGCCAUAGACCAUAAUUCAAGUCUGUCUUGCAUAUUAAGAAUUUUCCUGCUAGUUGUUUGUCUUGCAAGACAAGAAUGCUGUUGGCUUGUGUGUUUGGAUUUAGGUUGU